CUCUCAAGAGUCAUUAGACCUCAUCCAACAGACUUAUCGUCCAUAAACCCUUGAAAAAUCCAUUUACUCAAAACUUCCAACACAUAAAAACCAGACCCAACACAAAAACACUUAAACUUGCUCUGUUUUCAAACCACUACUUACUCUGUUUCCCCCAGCUCUUGUUUGCUCGAACCCUUUAGAAAACCCAGCUCAAUCUUAAACCCCAGAUCCCUCUUAGACUUCUAGAAGCCGGGUCAUAAAGCCCGGAUCUUUCUUGAUGAAUUUUGGGUCUUUUGAGUGAUAUUAUGCAUAGAUCUGGAGCUGCCAUGGCUUGGAAUGUGUUCAAGUUCUGCACAGCUCUGAGGGGUCUGGGCUCUGUUAUGAUCCUUUUGGUCCUUGGAGUUGUGGGUGUGACGUAUUACACUGUUGUUUUGACUAAUUAUGGCCCGGCUUUAUAUGCUGGUGGACUUGACUCUCUCAUUGCUAUUGUCGUUUUGAUCUUGUUUCAUUCAUUGUUGGUGAUGUUGCUAUGGAGUUACUUUUCUGUUGUUUUGACGGAUCCCGGUGGUGUGCCACCGAAAUGGAGGCCUGCUGUUGAUGAAGAAAGGGGGGAAGCUGAUCCAUUGAAUGGUUCAGAGUUCAGUGAUUUGCAAACUGACCCGUCAAAUCAAAGAGUCCGGUAUUGCCGGAAGUGCAACCAGUUGAAGCCACCUCGCUGCCAUCAUUGCUCAGUUUGUGGGAGGUGUGUAUUGAAAAUGGAUCACCAUUGUGUAUGGGUUGUCAAUUGUGUUGGGGCCUUAAAUUACAAGUAUUUUCUUCUAUUCUUGUUCUAUACGUUCCUUGAGACAACUGUUGUAACUUUAUGCUUGUUGCCACACUUCAUUGCAUUCUUUAGUGAAGGAGAAAUACCCGGAACACCCGGGACCCUUGCAACUACUUUCCUUGCUUUUGUUUUAAACCUUGCCUUUGCAUUAAGUGUGCUGGGGUUUCUUAUCAUGCAUAUAUCCUUGGUGGCUGCAAAUACUACAACUAUUGAGGCAUAUGAGAAGAAAACCACUCUGAAAUGGCGCUAUGACCUUGGUCGGAAAAAGAAUUUUGAACAGGUAUUUGGGACAGACAAGCUAUACUGGUUCAUCCCUGCUUAUUCUGAAGAAGAUUUGCGACGGAUACCAGCGCUCCAGGGUCUCGAAUAUCCAUCUAAGCCGGAGCUUGAUUCCCAAGACUUCUAGGCACCAUAUGUUUGCACAUGUCAGUGAUACAGAGAUUUACUUUGUAACAAUAGAUGUGGAAACUCCAGAGCAAAAGUUCCCUUGCAGUCAUAACUCAUCUAACUUGGGCUCAGAGUUUUCAUUCCCACGGGCAUACCUUGUUAGCAUGGCUAUUAGAGACACGAAGAGACGCAUUAUCCAGAGACCUAGAUCAAGAAGUGCAGUUUACGGCUUGCAAUCUUGCAGAGUAGUGUGGGUUUGACUGGCUAGAAUUCAUUUUAUGUCUUGGGGGAGAGAAUCGGGAACCGUAGAAAAGGGAAAUGAAACUUCUCCAUCUGGAAAUAUUCCAAGAGAUCCAUUUGUCGGAAAUAUCUGUUGUACCAUUUGUUGGAAAUACAGAAAGCUAUGUAGGUGCUCUGUCAAUUUAGUGUAAUGCAUGUGCUAUAAUUUAUCCAUAAUAUAUCAAAUUUUCCAGUG